AUGGUAAUAAUGAUGCGCUACGUGCUGUGUAUCCUCGCUCUCCUGCUCUCAUGUGCACGUGUGCACGUCCUCGCUGAAGAAGUGCCUGCCGCCGAUCUUUCCGACCAAGUCCCUGAUACGGAGAGUGAGACAAAGAUUCUUCUUCAAGGUACUCCUGUUGCCCAAACUACCAACUGCCUUCCUGGUGGUGGUAAUUGUACUCCCCCUUCUGUGGAACCUGAACGAGGUGUUGCUGCUGCUGGUGCUUCUCAAGAGCCUAACACCAACGGUGUUCAGAAUAAUCUAUCUGGAGGUGGUCAACAGCACGGUCCUGGCGGUAGUGUCCUACCUUCUCAGACGAGUGAACCGGGGCGUGGAGCUGAAGUCACUACUAAUCGACCUACUACUCAACACGAGAGGGGGGUCGAGGUACCAGGUGCAGAGGAUGGUGCAGGAGGGAGUCAAGAAAUUCACCAGCAGCAAGAGAGCAGUCAAGAUCCAAUACGAAGGGAAGAAGCUACUCCUGGGGUGAAAGACAACUCAAAUCAAGAAGCUUCACAGCAACCUCAACAAACUGGUGAUACAUCCAAUGACAGUAGUGUAGGCAACACCAGUGCAGCCAGUGGAGAAGGUACAGCUGCACAAUCAUCUCCUACUUCUGCAUCUUCUCAAACUGAUGGAACUGCGGAUGGUGGUAAUUCUACAGAGACAACGACGAAUACCUCAGCGAGUACGAACCCUGAAACUGACAAUACAUCCACUACCACCACCACAACAACAACAACAACACUUCCUCCUGAACUCACAAACAACAAGAAGGGUGAUGCAGACAGCAGCAGCAGUAUCAGCAGUUCUGUGUGGGUGCGUGUGCCACUACUGAUUGUGGUUACACUGGCCUGUAUUCUUGUGUGA